GUGAAACCCCAAAGUUAAUGUGGCUUUCCGAACCCUCAAGGAACGGUUUACCUCCGCAUCCAUCCUUACUUUGCCAGACCCCAAGCUCCAGUUCAUUGUUGAGGUCAACGCUUCGGAUAUGGAGGUGGGGGUGGUCCUCUUUCAGGGAAACAAGGUCCACCUGUGUGCUUUCUUUUCCAGGAAAUUGUCGCUAGCAGAGAGGAACUAUGAGGUAGGCAACUGGGAGCUGGUGGCUGGCAAGCUGGCGCUGGAGGAGUGGAGGCACUGGCUGGAGGGCAGCCAUUAUUGGUUUGGACAGAUCACAGAUCCUGUGUGGUUGGUGCUGUGACCUGGGGCAUUGAGAGUGAGGUCAGACGAGCAUUGGGUGGGACACAGGUUUCUGAUGGGUGCCCUCCCAACCGCCUUUUCGUCCCGGCCACUCAGCGCUCUCAGGUCCUGCAAUGGGUGCACACCUCCAAGCUGAGCUGCCAUCCGGGGGUCCAGCAAACCGUCAGUUCAGUUCAGACAGCGCUUCUGGUGGCCCUCAAUGGAGGUGGAUGCAAGGGAGUUCAUUGCUGCCUGUCCAGUUUGUGCCCAGAAUAAGACCUCUCACCAGUGUCCGUCUGGAUUAUUAUAUCCCCUCCUGGUGCCACAGCAGCCUUGGUCCCACAUCUCUUUGGACUUUGUCACUGGACUGCCCUAGUCUGAAGGUAACUCUGUGAUAUUCAACAGUUUUUUCAAGAUAGCACAUUUUGUUUCUCUGCCCAAACUCGCCUCUGCCAAGGAGAUGGCAGACGUUAUGAUCUCCCAUAUUUUUCGUUUACAUGGCCUUCCCCAGGAUUUGGUAUCCAACCGGGGGCCCCCAGUUUGCCUCUUGCUUCUGGAAGGAGUUCUGCAGGCUUUUCAGAGCCACAGCGAGCCUCUCUUCCCGGUUCUACCCCCAGUCCAACGGUCAGACUGAACAUUAUAACCAGGAGUUGGAGACAGGACAUAACUCAAUCUCAUGGAGCCGGCAAUUAGUUUGGGAAGAGUAUGCUCAUAACUCCCUCCCUGUCUCAGCCACAGGCCUCUCUCCGUUCCAGUGUGUGUACGAGUACCUGCCACCUUUGUUCCUGGAUCUGGAAGAGGAGGUUGCGGCAUGUCUGCUCAGGUGCUGGUGCAUUGGUGCCACCUCACCUGGAGAAAGGCCUGCACUACUCCAGGUGUGCUGACCUCUUAUACUGGAGACUGGAGUAUCGCACGCCAGCUCCUCACUACCGGGUUGGACAGAGGGUCUGGUUUUCCACUCAGGACCUUCCUCUCCACAUGGAAUCCCGCAAGCUGGCACCCAGGUUUAUUGGCCCGUUCCCCAUCUCCAAGGUAGUCAAUCCUGUGGCAGUCCAACCACGGCUCCCUAGGACCAUGAGAGUUCAUCCCACCUUCCACGUCUCCAAGGUCAAGCCUGUUAAGACGAGCACCUUGGGCCCCUUCUCCAGACCCACUCCACCCCCCGGAUCACUGAUGGUGAGCCUGUCUACACGGUAAAGCGUCUGUUGAUGGUCCAGCCUCAGCAGUAGAGGCCGGGGUCACCUGGUCGACUGGGAGGGAUACGGGCCGGAGGAGAGGUCUUGAAUUUUUGAAGAACAUUCUGGACCAGUCCCUCAUCAGAGCCUUCCACCAGCGCCACCCAGACCAACCUGGAACAUCUGGCGCCAUUCUUAGAAGGGGCAUCAAAUGGAAUGAAACCAGUGCUUUGAAGCAGAUACUGAGCAGCAUCACCAACAGGAUGACAAAAAGGAUGAAGCAAUGAAUUACGCACUGAAGCAAGAACAAUCCAUCAAAUCCCCACAUCUCCGAGUCAUCCAGCUUUGGAAACCAACCAUCCCGGUGGUUUGAGAUCUCCCAAAAUAGAAGAUUGAUGACAUGAUAAAUGGAGAGAAAUAAGAAAACCCUUCUGCUGUUUCUUCUUCUUGCUCUGCUUCAUGUCUGCACCGUCAGAAUGGAGGAUUGUCCCAGCCUCCCAGAUAAAAAUCUCACCUGCUACAAUGACUUCAAUCGUACCAUCACUUGUGUGUGGAACAGCACAUAUGUGUCUGACCAUGCAGACACUGUGUGCACAAUACAUGCCAAAAAAGACACGGGUUCAUAUAAGUACAGCACUUCCUGUAACUUGGAGCCUGUUGAUGUCUCCAGACCAACACUAAAGAACUGCUCCCUGGUCUUCAAAAAGACUGGACUUUUAUGACCUCAGAUGUGUUGUCCAUUAAUCUGAGCUGUAAACCUGUGAAUGAAAGUUUGCACAUUUACUACAAGCCAGCUUGUCACAUAAAGCUGAAUCCUCCGCCAAAACCAGAUAUCAACUUUACCACAAUUUCCUGGUUCCCACAAGUUAGCAAGCAUCAAAGAAUCUCAUGUUACAGCUCCCAACUGCAGUGGAAAGAAGAGGAUCAGUCAUGGAGUGAUCCCUCUGUGCGGAAAAACCAGCGAGAACGGGAUUGCAGCUACACAGUGGAGCUGAACGAAGAUUUACUGAUACAAGGGGAGAGGUACGAGGCACGUGUUCGAGUGCAGGCCAAGGUCAGUGGAGCUAUGUCAACCUGGAGUGACUGGAGCCCCAUUGCAUCUUGGGAGUCCCCCGUAGGAAGAACAAAACCAACAUUAGAUGUUGCUGGGGUUGCUUUUGGCAUUGUUGCAUGUGUGGCAGUGUUUGCCUUGUUUCUGGCUGUCAUUAGGACUGACAAAACUACCUGGAUUUACAUGGUAAAGAGAAUCAGAGGUCCACCACUGCCGAACCCAGCAAAGUCUUUCCUGCAGGAUGUAAAUUUCCAGAAUUGGUUGAGCCCCCACUUCACCAGCGAAUCCUUUCAUUCCUUCUUGAAACCAGUGGAAAUCGACUCUGUAGAGAUAACCUCCAUUGUGGAUGCUGUUGUACCCUUCGGGCCAGAGGUGGAACUACUACAGAAGAUCAGACGCGAAAGAAACCACGAGUCAACCAGUUCCAACUUCUUCAACCCCAGUUACUCCCAGCUGUGUCCUCCUCCUCCUGUCUCAUCGCUCACUGCAGGGAAUCUGAAGCCCUGCGCCUCCGAUACACCUUAUGGACCUGUUGGUAGUCAAGGUGAAGGUAAAAAUGCAGAACAGGAUAGGGAUGAAGUGAGAGGGAAAAAAGAGGAGAUCCUACAGUUGCUCGGCAAAGGCAACAACAACAGUGAGCCUAUGCCGGUAAUUUCAGACUAUGAGAAGGUUGAGAAGCUCCAGGUUGAGCGCUUGAGGCUCCAGAGUCUAGAUUCAGGCAUGUGCAGUGGCGAGAAAGUCAGUCAAGAGAGCCUGGAGGCAGAUAGCAUCAGUGUGACUGAUAGCCAUGAUGAGGGGCCUGAAGGCAAGGAGGAGAGGGAGGGAGAUAAUGGAAAAGAAGAUUUUCAGAAGCUGUUUGGAGGCAGUGGAGGUAUUUUUGGCAAAGGGUCCAUUCAGGUUUGUUCUGAUUAUGAGCAAGUCCAGAAGCUGCAGGCUGACAGCCCCGAGCUCCCUAGCAUGGAUUCAGGCAAUAGCAGUGGGGGCGAGGAGCAGGUAAGUCAGGAGGAGGGUCUGGGGGACCUCCAUAAGUCCACUGAAUCUACAAGCCUCCUGUUUCCUCCUCCUUCACCUCCUUCCAGUGCUUUACCAUGCUCCUUGCCCUCUUUCACACCACUGCCUUUGAACUUCUCUGGGCUAGGUUUGAGUCCAGCUGUGCGACCUCUGCCAAGUCAUAUACUGGAGAGGAUUGCUCUAAUAUCAACUAAUAGGUUAGUGGAGGCCUCUGGUGAUGGCUAUAUGCCAGUAAGACAGGAACAGAGCUAAAAAUAGACAGAAAUCUGUUCAGUAGGCCUAACAGUAAAUGUUAUACUAUACAAUAUGUAGAAUGUGCAGGAUUCAUUAGAGCUUGACAGCUAGAAAGUCAGUUAAUGCAUGCAUGUUAAAUCAUAUGGACAUUUAUUUAAUGUUCAGUGUUCAACUCUCAAAGGUGGGUUGAUUUUAAUGAAUGUAUUUUUUUAUGAAUGUCUUAUUAUGCAUAUUUAUCAUACUUAUUUCUCAUAUUUCACAUGUAAUAUUUACCUGCACACUCUUUAAAUGAUGACAAAACAUAAAAGUAAAUAAAAACCAAAAUUACUGACAUGUUAUUAAACAGAAAAAAAUAAAGUAAGAGGUUUAAAUCCAGUCUUAAUGUUUCAAAGUAUGCUUUGGUUGUUUUUUAUCAUUUAAACUUUAGAAUAAAAUGUGGAAAAAAUAUGUAUAUUUUGUUGCGCUCAUUGUGACAUUUUUCAGGGAGAAGGAUACAGAAUAUGUCUACCUGUGUUUUGCUGAAAGGGUUUUUAUAUUGCAGUGUUGCCAGUGACAGUAUGAUGCUCAGCCAUUUUAGUACAAUAGCUCAAGACAUUUUUACUUGUUUAAUAAGGGUGUAUACAUGCAGAUUAUGUCAAACGCUGCCUUAUUUAACAGAUUUGUUUAUUUAAAUAAACAAUAUUUAUGACAAAAAUUUGGAUGUACAAAGGCAUAGUGUUCAGGUGUGUAGAAAAUACAUAUAAACUUUACCGAUUUAUAUUUCUAUGGCAGCUAUAUUAAAACGACCAUGAAGUUGAAUAUGCUAUUGACCUCUGUAAAAAUCUAUGUUAGGAUUUAUCUGAUCUUUUUAUUUUUUUAUUUGUAACCCUGUUAUCUUUUAUUGUUUUAAUAUUAUUCAUAAGUGAAUAAACAACCAAAAACUGCACCACUAUCGCCACUCACGUGUCACUGUCACAGGAAUGUUGUUUUCUCUCUACGCUGUAUGCAGUGUAAUAGAUAAAAUAUGAUGUUUCCUAAGAAGUAAAAGUGGUGAAAUUCUUAACAAAAUAAAUAAGAAAUGUGAGUAUUUUGUGGCACAAAUAAAGUUAUACUUGGA